UUCUCCUACCACCCAUCUUAUCGCUCACCUGAUAUCCCACCCACCUUACCCCUCACCUAGUAUCCCAAUCACCUUCCCUCUCAACUAGUGUUGAGAAUAAAGCGCCAUUUGGAAAUGGAAGGCGUUGGUCCCGCCCCGCCCCACCUGUCUGUGGCAGCGGCCGCCCACACAGCAGGGGAAACUUCUACAACGAUCGUCUCCAGUUACGGGACCUGCCGGCUGGCAGUCGGUUCAGGGCGUCGGGCGGAAAGGCAACGAGAGGCAAGGAGGUUCUCAGUCCGCGGCGGAAGAGAUGGGAGUAGUGAUGCCGUCUCUUCGAACCGUGAGCCAGCUAGCCGGCGUGAGGCGACGCCGCUCUCCCACUAUGCUCGCCGCCUUCCUCCUCCUCCUCAACGGCUCUCCCACCCUAGGGAUGCGCAUCGCUCAAGUAACUCUAUAUUUUGGCAGUCUGGAGAUAUAUGCUUACAAUGGCGAAGAGUUCGUUCAUUUUGAUUGCAACACAGCAAAGGCUGUGGCUGUCAAUCCGCUUGUACAGCCUUACUUGGACAUACUGAACAAGAACAGAAAGAAUAUGAGUCAAGUUAUCCACGUCCUUGAGGUUGUUGCGCCACGAAUUCGCAAUGCCAUUCGAGCUCUGACUACGAAGCCGACUAUCACAAUAACCUCAAGACACAUGAAGAACAGAGAGAAUACCUUGGCCCUGACAUGCCAAGUGCAUGGAUUUUAUCCCAAGGAUAUCCACGUAAUGUGGCUGCGGAAUGGUGAAGGAAUCGAUCGGGAAGUGCUAAAUACAAGCAUUUUACCCAACCGGGAUGGGACAUUCCAAGUCCGGCAACAGGUCAACAUUGACCCCGGGAAGGGUGACACUUACACUUGUGAAAUCAAGCAUUUGAGCGUCCCUGGAAAGCUGCAUGCAGUUUGGGUUCCCAAGAAUACCAAACCAGUCUAUGGAUAUGUGAUUGGAGUAAUCGCUGGAAUAAUUGGCAUUCUGAUGGCAGUGUCCGGAGGAAUCGUCAAGUGGAAAGAAGUCUGCUCACAGAGUGGGGUCCACCGUCUGCAAGAAGAAAUCGGCGAGUUGCCAGGACUUGCCUCUGAAUGCACAACAGAAGCUUAAAACAAAAUGUCAAAUUCACAACCUGCUGGCAGUCGAACAUCUGAUAUCCACCGUCUCAUUCUUGUUGGCCUGAGGUGUAUUGGAAUCUGACUGCUUUGUAAUGCAGCUCUUUACCUUGAGUUUAAACCAUUUUAAUUUGACUUCCUAUUCCCAUUCCUGGGGGGUGGUGGGAGUGUAGAUACAUCUCUAUCAAAGGUGGUGUAAGAUGCUUCUCUCCUCUAGUAGCCUGCAGGUCACCUUUGGGUAUGGUGUAGCACUUGCUUAGCCCCAUGAUCAGGGUCACAUGAAGCCAUAGGGGCGGGUGGUGGAUGGUCAUAUGAGCAGCUGGUACAUAACAUAUGUGACCAUUGCCAGUUGGCAAUAGCCAGGCAAACAAUCCCUGGGGAGUAUUAAUAGUGGCUGGAGUCAUGUUUUGUAAAACAACUGCCCAGAAGAAAGCAAUGGGCACUUCUGUAGAAUUUGCCAAGAACCUAUGACCUACAACAUCCAUGUCCUACAACAUGGCACGUGAUGAUGAUGACGAUUCCCAUUCCAACAUGUCUGUCCAUGACUUCCUUACUGCCAUGAUGAGGUUAAACUCAAGUUGGAGGAGCAACCCCUGUGUUCCACAUGGGGGCUCCAACCUUAUGGCGUAAAUUUUGAUUUUUCUAGCUAGGAAAUUGCCCUCCCCACACUUCUUCCUUGUCUAUUCCAUAUUCUGGCUCCACUUUUACCUGUUCCCUUAUCCUCAUUUGCCCAUUGCCUCCCUCUGGUGUUCCUCCUCCUUCCCUUCCCACUAUGGUCAACUAUUCUCUCCUAUCAGAUUCUUGCUUCUUCAGCGGUUACCUUUUCCACCUAUCACCUCCCAGCUUGUCACCAUCCCCACUCCCCAACCCACCAGCUCUCUCUGGCUUCACCUAUUGCCUGACAGCUCACACUCCUCCUCUCCUUUCCAGUCCUGAUGAAGGCUCCCAGCCUGAAACAUCCACUGUUUAUUUCCCUGCAUAGAUGCCGCCUAACCUGCAGAGUUCCACCACCAUUUUGUGUGUCUAUUGCUCCGGAUUCCAGUAUUUCUUGUGCUUUUGUUUAACUGCAGUGCUGGAGACCAGUGUUGUCAACGCCUGCAGAGAGGUUAUUGAGAGAUGCUGAAUCCUACAUCCUUAAGGGAACAAGUAACCUCUGAGCAAAAUCUUCCUGUUGCCACGCCUGCUUGUAAGAAUGAAGAAUGUUUGUAGAUUCAAAUAAAAUCUGAACACACUUUGUCAUCCAACAGCAAGAUGAUUCAUAAAACUAAAGUACACUCAUUGGCCACUUUAUUAGAUGCUGUUUGUAUUUAAUAAAGUGGCCACUGAGUGCAUAUUUGUGGUCUUCUGCUGCUCUUGACCAAGGUUGAACACGCUGUGCAUUCAGAGAUGCUCUUCUGCACCCCACUGUUGUAACGUGUGGUUAUUUAAAUUACUGUCACCUUCCUGUCAGCUUGAAACAGUAUGGCCAUGCUCUUCUGAACCCUCUGAUUGACAAGGCGUUUUUGCACACAGAACUGACGGUCACUGGAUUUUUUUUCUUUUUCACACCAUUCUCUGUAAACUGUUGUGCAUGAAAAUCCAACAGAGGUCAAAUUUUAAAAUAAAUUU